AUAUAUACACAUGGUCAUUGCAAAGCUUAAGUAGUCAUCUGGACAUACCGGACAUACCGGAUCUGGACAUUUUGUGGGAAAUAACAUCACCAAAAAUGCAUCUGCUUCACUUUAACCUGGCAAAAUUUGGAUUUUGCACAUUAUCCUUGCUAGUGCUGAUGCACCAGGUAUCUACUCUGCCAGUAGUGACUCCUGAGGUGCAAUCAGAUCUCCGGUCAUCACAUGUACUUCACCGCAAGAUAAGAAUGUCCCCUCUGUGGCGAAUCAUGGGGUUCAAACCAUAUGGAGCCUAUUGCCAUGACAACAUAGAGUGUACCACAGGUUUAUGCAGGAAAGGUCACUGUUCAUUUAAUGAGCCUGUUCAUUCUUAGAGGAGUGGAAGCCUGAAAACUAUAUGCGUCAACCCGAUAUAUAUAUUUUAUGGCCAUAGGCUCUGUUUCAAGCACUUUAAUUUCUGAACUGUAUAAAGCGCUGUACAUGUACAGUGCAGAGCAUGUGGAGAAGUCGGACUUGAAAAGUUACAUCGGUUUCACUGUAUAUGAUUUAUGUUCAAGCCAUAAUUACUGGUUAUUAAUACAAUUGUGUUAAACAAGAAUUUUGGGGUUUGUGUUUGACUUUUUGUUGAGGUUGACUAAUUGCAAAAAAUACACAAUUAACAAAACUGUAAGUGCAUAGUAAAUAUACUUAGAUUGUAUUAAUCUGUAAGCAGGAUUUUUAAUUUAUGUAAUGUGUUAUUAAGAAUCACAAUGCUGUAAAAGUGCAUAAUUUAGAAUGCAGAAUCACUGGAAAUAUUGAGGCUAAAAUGUAUUAUAUAAUUAUAUUUGAUAGUAUAAAGGUACUGUAUUAAGCUACGCCAAUGCCUAUACAAAAGGCCUCAGUAGUGUCAAUUAAAAUCUAUACUCGGCUAGGCACAGGGCCAGUGAGAGAACGUGCACAGCCGCACAGGAUGCUCUAUAUUCAGAGAAACCCAGUUCUGAUGGCAAAGGGCCCUGAAGUCCCUCAGUAUCCACAUGUUGGUGAGAGGAGUAUUUGCACAAGAAUGUACUGUAACAGACUGAUGUCAUUGUACUGUGAACGACCUCCACAUGUACCCAGAUUGCAUGUUCUUUUUUCUGAUACAAGAGCAAAGUUUAAGUUAGUCAAAUAAAACACUAAAGAUACCAGUA